CGUUCAGUCAACUCCUCUCUCUCUCUCUCUCUCUCUCUCUCUCUCUGCCUCGUUGACCAGCCUUUGACUCUCUCUCUCUCUCUCUCCACCAAUGGGCAACUGCAACGGCCUCCCCUCCGCCUACGCCCGCCACCGCCCUUCGGGCUCCACCGAUCCCCACGGCGGCUCCUCCGCCCCCGACACCAACGGCCUCAACAUCCGUCCUCCCUCUCCCAGGCCCUCUCGCCCCCCUCAUCCACCCUCCGCCGCUCCCGCCGUCGGCCGCGUCCUCGGCCGGCCGAUGGAGGACGUCCGUGCCACCUACGUCUUCGGCCGCGAGCUCGGCCGCGGCCAAUUCGGCGUGACGUACCUGGCCACGCACAAGGAGACGAAGCAGCAGUUCGCCUGCAAAUCCCUCGCCACUCGCAAGCUCAUCAACAAGGAUGACAUGGAGGACGUUCGUCGCGAGGUCCAGAUCAUGCACCAUUUGACCGGCCACAGGAAUAUAGUGGAAUUGAAAGGUGCUUACGAAGAUAAGCAUUCAGUGAAUUUGGUGAUGGAGUUGUGUGCGGGUGGUGAAUUGUUCGACCGGAUCAUAGCAAAAGGCCAUUACACGGAGCGAGCUGCGGCGAACCUGUGUAGGCAGAUUGUGACGGUGGUGCAUAAUUGUCACACUAUGGGAGUUAUUCACAGAGAUUUGAAGCCUGAGAAUUUCCUUUUUCUGAGUACUGAUGAGAAUUCGCCAUUGAAAGCUACUGAUUUUGGCCUCUCCGUUUUCUUCAAACAAGGUGAUGUAUUUAGAGACCUUGUUGGAAGUGCAUAUUAUGUGGCCCCUGAAGUACUGCGCCGUAACUAUGGUGCUGAGGUGGAUAUAUGGAGUGCUGGUGUGAUCCUUUAUAUCCUGCUUAGCGGUGUCCCUCCUUUCUGGGGAGAAAAUGAGCAGGCCAUAUUCGAUUCCAUUCUACGGGGGCAUAUUGAUUUUGUAUCAGAUCCCUGGCCAUCCAUAUCUAGUAGUGCUAAAGAUCUGGUAAAAAAAAUGCUCCGCGCUGAUCCAAAAGAGCGGCUUUCUGCAGUUGAGGUGCUAAAUCAUCCUUGGAUGAGAGAAGAUGGAGAUGCUUCCGAUAAGCCUUUGGAUAUUGCUGUCUUAACUAGAAUGAAACAAUUCAGGGCAAUGAACAAGCUAAAGAAAGUGGCCUUAAAGGUAAUUGCUGAAAAUCUUUCUGAAGAAGAAAUUAUGGGGUUGAAAGCAAUGUUUAAAACCAUGGACACGGACAAUAGCGGAACAAUUACUUAUGAAGAGUUGAAAGCUGGUCUUCCGAAAUUGGGUACCAAGCUUUCAGAGAGUGAAGUUAAGCAGCUGAUGGAAGCGGCUGAUGUUGAUGGCAAUGGGACGAUUGAUUACAUUGAGUUUAUAACAGCCACUAUGCAUUUGAAUAGAAUGGAAAGGGAGGAUCAUUUAUAUAAGGCAUUUGAAUAUUUUGACAAGGACAAGAGUGGGUAUAUCACAAUGGAGGAGUUGGAGCAUGCACUUAAGAAGUACAAUAUGGGUGAUGAGAAAACAAUUAAGGAGAUCAUUGCUGAAGUCGACAGUGAUCGUGAUGGCAGAAUCAACUAUGAUGAGUUUGUUGCCAUGAUGAGAAAAGGAAAUCCUGAUUUGGCCCCCAAUAGACGUCGGAAAUAGUUGGAUGGCAUAUGAAGAUUUCGGUUGGCCCAAAACAAUGGCGCCAAGCGGAUUGUGGAUUGUGUGACCGUAAUUAUGACUGUCGAGAAUCAAGAUAACAAGCUUUUACAUGCUUUUAGCUACGGAGUCCGCAUUCUUGCUUUCUGAUGUGAUUUGCACGCAAUUCAUCCGUGCCUCUGGUUGCUGCUCCUUUGUUAGUGCGGAAAUACAGGAGAUUACUGGAAAUUUUGUUGACUCAACUUGUA